AUGGCCGGCAGCCGAUCGGUGGGCGCGAUCAAUAGUCAACUCGGCCGAUGCGGGAGGUGGGCGCCGGCGCCCGCGGCGGGCCUCCGUCGCCCAUCAGAAGGCUCGAAGGGAUGGGGAAUCUCCAGGGCGGGCCGCCGGGAGGUGAUCUGCAGGGCGGGAAGUCGCAACGGGGCUCGCGCGACCGAGGAGGCGGAGUCACGGGACGCACUGAGGGACCCGGCGCACGUCUACGCCACCAAGUCGAUGGAGGUGGCGGUUCGGGAUCCAGGAGGGGAAGCUGGGCUGGAUGCCUACAUGCGGCUGCCAGUCACAAAGUACAAUGUGCUUGACUCCAAGCUAAUCCAGUUCCUUGGUGGCAACAGGUUCCGUCUCCAAGUACCCAAGAUCAAUCUACUCAAUGUGUGGAUCGAGCCUCUGGCGAUAGUGACCGUUGACCACUUGUCCAAUCCACCCCGUGUGGUCAUGAAGACCGAGAGCUGCUGGAUGGAGGGGUCUGACGUGCUGGAUGCCCUGAACCUGAACAAGCGCUUCUGCCUGGACUUUGAGGCGACCCUCACCUGGCAGGCAAGGAGUCCUGCGCCCACCGCUGGGUCAUCACCCAGCCAACACCGAGUCAACAGCACUGGGAGGUCCCUGGGAGGCUCGGUGAGGCCCAAGAUUCGUGGGGACACACGUCUGGAUGUUUGGUGCGAGGUUGUGCCACCUUUCACUCUGAUGCCACGACCAAUCAUGGAGGCCAGCUGCAACACAGGCCUCGAUGCACUUAUGCAGAUGCUACUGCCCAUGUUUAUGUCCAAGCUGAGCGGGGACUACAGAGAGUGGGCUGCCGAUGCAGCAUACAGACGACACAGAUCCACGGUCGCCUUGAAGCCAGUCAAGUUGUAG